AGUUCCAUCCAUUCUGUAUGUAUCCUCUCUCGCUCUCUGUGGUUAUAGCUGCAUGGUACAGGCAUUUAAGGAUAUUAUUUUGGUUUUGUGGUUAAUGUUAAUAUUCAAAAGUAGUAUUAAAAUUAUUGUUUUGCCAAGAAAAUUAUGUAUUAUAACAUAGUACUUACACACAUAGUAAAAUAUUAGAAAUUAGAGAAAAAAGAAGAAGAACAUUUGAAUUCAUACCAAUCAUUGCCACUCUUGAAGAAUUCUUACAAAAAUCAUGAGUCAAACUGCAGUUUUCCAGACUAUGGAAUACCAUAUUUGUAAGAAAAUUGCAAAAGUUGUCAUUGAAAGACUUUACAAUGUACUACCAACAUCGGGACCAGACAAAAAGUUUCAGGUCAAAAUUGAGAAAGAGGAAUGUGAAACUAAUCACAUCAAAGAAGAGCCACAACCAACCUCCAAUCAGAUGGAAUCAGUUUCUGUUAAAAUGGAGGAGGAUGAUAGCAGCCAGCAACCAGCUGCAGUGGAAGAUGAUUGCAGCCAACAACAUUAUCUAAUCGCUGGCUACAACAUGAUCUUCAUAAAAGAGGAGUCAUAUGAUGAGCAGGAUGCUGAAGAGAAUUCAGUAAAGACCGAACCAGAGAUGUGGGCUUCAAACUGCAGCACAUCUGGCCGAGAAGUGAAGCCAGCAACAGAAGUGGGUGGACUGAAUGAGCAUUCAAUCUCUCCAGUUGAAAAGUGCACUGAGUCAUCUGUGGCUGGCAAAAAGACCAAGCUCUACAGCUGUGCUCACUGUAGCUAUAAGACCCCACAGUUUAGUAAUUUGAAGAGACACAUUCGGAAACACACAGGAGAAAAACCUUUCAGCUGCAAAUAUUGUGAUUUAAAAUUUGCUCAUUUAAAUACUUUGAAAGUACAUAUCAGAACACAUACAGGAGAAACACCUUUCAGCUGCGAAUUUUGUGAUUUCAAAACUGCUCAUUCAAAUACUUUGGAAAUACAUAUCAGAACACAUACAGGAGAAAAACCUUCCAGCUGCGAAAUAUGUGAUUUCAAAUCUGCUUAUUCAAGUAGUUUGAAAGCACACAUCAGAACACAUACAGGAGAAACACCUUUCAGCUGCAAUUUUUGUGACUAUAAAUGUGCUCAUUCAAGUACUUUGAAAGCACAUAUCAGAACACAUACAGGAGAAAAACCUUUCAGCUGCGAUUUUUGUGAUUUCAAAACUGCUCAUGCAAGUACUUUGGAAGCACAUAUCAGAACACAUACAGGAGAAAAACCUUUCAGCUGCGAUUUUUGUGAUUUUAAAACUGCUCGUGCAAGUACUUUGGAAGCACAUAUCAGAACACAUACAGGAGAAAAACCUUUCAGCUGCGAUUUUUGUGAUUUCAAAACUGUCAAUUCAAGUUCUUUGAAAAUACAUAUCAGAACACAUACAGGAGAAACACCUUUCAGCUGCGAAUUUUGUGAUUUCAAAACUGCUCGUUCAAGUUCUUUGAGAAGACAUAUCAGAACACAUACAGGAGAAACACCUUUCAGCUGUGAAUUUUGUGAUUUCAAAACUGCUCGUUCAAGUUCUUUGAGAAGACAUAUCAGAACACAUACAGGAGAAACUCCCUUCAACUGCGAUUUUUGUGAUUAUAAAUGUGCCCUGUCAGGUACUUUGAAAGUACAUAUCAGAACACAUACAGGAGAAACUCCCUUCAGCUGCGAUCUCUGUGACUACAAAUGUGCCCAGUUAAGUAAUUUGAAAAGACAUAAUAUUAGAACACAUACAGGAGAAACAACUUCUAGCUAAGCAUUCUGUGAACAUAAGUACUCAUUCUCAUUGCUCUCUUGUUCCAUUUCAUCUUCAUUUUCUAUUCGUCAUAUUCGUUUCCUAUAGUCUGCUUAUUCUAUUUUUGUGAAUGUUACAUUUAAUUCCAUAGUAAAAAACAUUUCCUGAAAAUGUAUCACACUAGACUGCAGAUUUAUAAAGUCAGCCCCUGAUUAAUGUUGGUUUCUAUCCUUGUCUAUCAUUAGACAAAGCAGAAAGCUCCAUCCUUCUCUAGACUUUUUCCAUUCUCGAAUUGUUUGUGUAAUAUGAAUAAAUAAUAUAAUGAUUACUAGAAUAUUAAUCAGCUCAAUAUAGAAUAUAAACAGCUUAUUAUUAACAUGAUUAAAUCGGGGGGCAUGACAGUUGAGACCUACAUCAUUCGAGGCCUGUACAAAAAUUGAAGAGUCCUCUACUGUCGCCUGACGCAGGCGACAUUUGAGGACUCUUUUUUUAGAGUCCUCUACUGUCGCAGGUCUCAACUGUCAGGGCUGUUCAAAAAUUAAAGAGGCCUCUACCAUCUCUGGCCUCGAAUGUCGCAGGUCUCAACUGUCGGGCCUGUACAAAAAUUAGAGAGUCCCUUGCAGCAGACAACAGUUGAGGACACAUCAUACUGCAAUACCAGACUGUUUCUGUACUAAUGGGUUAAUAGUGCAUCUUCAUCUAGUGUAUAAUAGAUGUUAUGAAAUACAUUUUGUAAUGAUUAUAACAUCUGAUUUGUUGAAAACCAAAUAAUGGAAACUUCCUUCAUUAAAAAAGCAUAUUAACUUUGAAGGAUCGUAGGGCUUAUCUUUAAAGGAUUUUCAGAAUGAAAAUAGGUCUAUGACACUUGUCGGUAUACAGGCCAUCUUUGUGAAGAAUUACAGCUUAAUCAGUCAAGUAUUUCAAACGUGAUGAGCUCACAGACAGAAAGACAGACACCAUCUCUUCUUAUAGAUAGAUAGAAGAUAGAUAUAUAGAUUUGUCAAUGAAGGAGACAUAAUGCAGUAGUAAUGGAUUCCCACUACUUGAAAAUAUGUUUAUGGACCACCAUCCAAGUACUGGAAUGUAUAUCAUAUCAAACAUACUACCGGGUGAACUGAAUGCUCUUUUCAAAUUAAUAAGACUUGACCACCUUUGUUGAUGAAACUCAAAUGGAGGGUGGAAAGAUGCGGGUCUCUUAAUUUUACAUGCUGAACUUAAUAGAAAUAAAAGUUCAUUUAUUGGCAUAAAACAUUUUUCAAUGCAUAGUCAACGUCAAAACAAUUAAAAAGUUACAAAAUUAAUAUGCUUCAGAGAAUAGAAAAAGGUUAUAUAGUAUGAUGAUUAGAGUAAUGACAAAAUUUACCUUCUUAUAUAAUGUAGGAAGUUUAUUUGAAAAAUCAGCAACUUUACAUAAACAUUCUUCCUUAAUAAUAUGUUUUACAGUGUUUUUGAAAACUAUAUCCAAAAGAUCUCUAACAAUUACUAUAUAAUCAGGCAUAUAGUUUUGUACCUGUGUAAAACCACCUUUUUGAGUUCUUGCAAUUUGUAGAAAUUCAGUUCUAAGAUUAUUCCUGUGCCUAGUCCAGUAUUUUUAUAACUCGCACUUUGCGCUCGGCAGGGGGCUUCGCCCGCGGCACCCCUGAAAAUGUUUUUCCAGUUUAUAUUAUUUUUGGUUAAUUUCUUUCAAAUUUUGGGGGGGCUGUGCCCCCUUGCAACCCACAAUGUUUAACUGGAGUGAUAAAAGUUUUGGGUUGGACAUUUUCAGGGUUAGAAAAUUUUUGUGGCUUAGAAAAUGAUUUGUUUUAACCUUUUUGUGUGCUUGAUAUUUAAAAAUAAAUUAACUUGCAUUUCCCUUAUUUUCUAACCAUUCUCUCCCAUUCAAGUUUUAUUCAACUCAGAUUAAUUUUCUGAACGUCUUAUUCCUUUAGCUUUUUUUUUUGAUAAAAUUAUCCAGUAAAAAGAUGGAUAAUUCUGAAUUUAUUUCAAUUCUUUUCACAUUAAUUAUACAAAAGCCAUUGUUUCGAGGAAGUAGUAGCCAUCAAACUGAGAGACAAGGAAGAAGAUAGGAAAUGGUAUUGAAUAGAAAGAGAUGGAGAAACAACAGUCAGCCGGUAGUGUGCCAUCCCAAGGAUACCGUAGUGUAUAGCAGGUUGCCUCGAUCGCGUUUACAUAUGCGCAUGAGAUGGCAUGAGCCUACGUCAAACUCCGACCUUUCAGCCGGCAAUCGACGGCUUCCCAUAAGAAUUACAUACAAAACACCGAGUCAAAUAUCAAACCGCUGUAUUGAUAAAAAAUAUGAAUAUGCGAUUCAAUUCAGAAAGAAACAAGCUUGUAAUGUUAGAAAAAAUAAUGAAAAAUGUCACAUUAAAUAUUAUCAAGUUAACUUGAGAGAGAAUUAAUUUUGUAGUUCAAACUUGUCAAUCUCGUACCGCCAAAACAAAAUUUUAAACUUGCCGCCUUUUAAUGUCAAUAAAUCAGGUUGAAUAAAUGAACUCGUUUGAAUUGUAACAAUAGUUUAUUUAAUUUUUUAUAAAGUUUUGACAGUGUACAAAUUAAAUAACCAGAUUAUAACUUAAAAUUUAACUUUUAUUUGGUUGAUACAUUGAAUUAUAUAACUCAGAUUUCAGUAGCAUUGAGAUUUAAUUGCUCCAGGUAAAGGAAGUUCAUAAUAUAUCCUGUUUGAUUCAGUACCUUUUUUCAUCUGAGAUUCCACGAGUUAGAACAAAAAAUUUGGUUGCUCCACAUUUAUUGGUAAAAUUUUAAUUAGUAGCUUAUUAUUUCAUUUAUUUGUUCAAUUAAACAUAAAGUAGAAAAUUUGUUUAUUAAUGUAACUUUUGAAAGUGUCAAUUUAAAUUUUUUAAGGUGUUUAAAAUUAAAAGUGGAAUCUUAGGCUAAAUUCACGUGAGUAAAAAUUAAUUAAUCUAAUCUAUUUUGAGAAAAUCAGUAAAAUUUGUUCAUUAUUUUAAAAAUUAGGUCUUGUCAAAAAGAAAACAUAAUUCAGAGUAUAGGUUUGGUAGUAAUAAGUUUUUUAUUGUUUAACAUUCUUUUAUUUUGUAAACUUGAAAAGUUUUCAAUAAACGUAAUCAGAUGCAAUGUAUUUUAUUUAUUGCCAACGCAUUGUCAACUUAAUGAAAAUGGUAAAUUUGUUAGUUUAGGAUCCAGAGUAGAAUGAUGAAUAUUUUUAUUAGACAAGAGGCAAAAUCCUUUUUGGAAAAUAAGAGUAUCAAAUGAUUCUAUCUCUGAAGUGGGGUUUCGGUGCGGAUACAAUCAAAGUAGACACACGAAACGCCCCAAAUGGCAUCCCUGAAUGGGGAAAAUCGAAACAAAAUAUUCACAAAGACCACAAAUAAUAAAUGUUGAAACUUGAAAAGUUCAUGGUUAGGUUAGAAUUUGAUAGUGACGCUAAGAGAUACUUUGAAUGAUUUUGACUAGGUUAGAUUACAAAUCAGUUAAGUUUAUUGAGUUGAAAUGCGAGGUAAAUUAUAGAAAACAUUGUAAAUGAUUAUAUCUGUAUUCAAAAUACUGCGUUCUGAU